AUGUCCGACUCAUACCUUGCCAUCCCGGGCUCGGUGGCGUUCUCCCGUUCGCGCGGCAAGGCCAUUGCUUCGAGCCUGGGUGUGCAGGAUGUCCGAGCCCAGUGGAUUCAUUAUGUUCACACCUCCCAGCCGCUGAACGAAACCCAGCGUUCCGUCCUGGAGCAACUGCUCCGCUACGGUGAUAUCACCGACGUUCCCCCCACCUUCACCUCUGACGACGGCGAAUUCGAUACCUUCUACGUCUUCCCCCGAACCGGAACUAUCUCGCCAUGGAGCUCUCAGGCCACCGGUAUCUCCCAUGUCUGCGGUCUUCGCAACUCUGUGAAGCGCAUCGAGCGUGGAAUGAAGGUUUCUUGUCUCCGCAAGGGUGCCGAGGACUACAAGGCCGGAUACAUGGAUCUGCUGCACGAUCGCAUGACCCAGAUUAUCAGCGAGGACGAGCCCGAGUUGAACUUGAUGUUCUCUGAGCAUGCCCCUCAGCCUCUCAAGACAAUUUCCCUGCAGAGUGGCUCCAAGUCCCCAAAGGAGGUUCUCCAGGAAGCCAACAAGGAGCUGGGUCUCGCUCUAGAUGAGUCCGAAAUCGACUACCUGGCGGAGGCCUACGGUCCCAACGGUGCCAUUGCGCGCGACCCCACCGAUGUUGAGCUGUUCAUGUUCGCCCAGGUCAACUCCGAGCAUUGUCGCCACAAGCAAUUCAACGCGUCUUGGGUCAUCGAUGGCAAGCCCAUGCCCAACAGUCUCUUUGCCAUGAUUCGCAACACCCACAAGAAGCACCCCGACUACACCGUCAGUGCUUACAGCGACAAUGCCGCCGUUCUGGAGGGUAGCGAGGCUGCUUUCUGGGCCCCUGAUCCAACCACUGGUGAAUGGAACCACACCAAGGAAAUUGUUCACUUCCUCGCCAAGGUUGAAACUCACAACCACCCUACUGCGGUUUCUCCUUACCCGGGUGCCGCCACUGGCUCCGGUGGUGAAAUUCGUGAUGAAGGUGCCGUUGGUCGUGGUUCCCGCCCCAAGGCCGGUCUGGCCGGUUACUGUGUUUCUGACCUUCUGAUCCCCGAGCACAAGCAACCUUGGGAGCUCGAUGUUGGCAAGCCAAACCACAUCGCGAGCAGCUUGGAUAUCAUGCUGGAGGCUCCUAUUGGCAGCGCUGCGUUCAACAAUGAAUUCGGUCGUCCUUGCACUGGUGGUUAUUUCCGCACCCUUCUUACCGAGAUCGACAUCGGCAACGGCCAGAAGGAGCUCCGUGGAUACCACAAGCCUAUUAUGAUUGCUGGUGGUGUCGGCACUGUCCGCCCGCAGCAUGCUCUCAAGAACCCCGAUGUCGUCAAGCCCGGCUCUUUCCUUGUUGUCCUGGGUGGGCCCGCUAUGCUUAUUGGUCUUGGAGGUGGUGCUGCCUCUAGUAUCGCAUCGGGCGAAGGCUCCGCGGACCUUGAUUUCGCCAGUGUGCAGCGAGGUAACGCCGAAGUUCAGCGACGAGCCCAGGAGGUUAUCAACGCAUGUGUGGCUAUGGGCAACAACAACCCUAUCAAGUUCAUUCACGAUGUUGGCGCCGGUGGUCUUUCCAACGCCCUUCCCGAGCUUAUCCAUGACUCAGGCCUGGGAGCUAAGUUUGAGCUGCGUGAAGUUGACAGCGCUGACCGCAGCAUGAGCCCUAUGCAAAUCUGGUGCUGUGAGGCCCAAGAGCGUUAUGUCCUCGCCGUUGGAGAGGCAAGUAUGAACAAGUUCACUGCCAUCGCCCAGCGUGAGCGCUGUGGUUUCUCUGUCGUCGGCCGUGGUGGCGGCACCUCUGAGGAGGAGAAGCGACUCAUCUUGCUGGACCGCGAAUCCAAGGAAUACCCGACCCCGAUCGAUCUACCCUUGUCGGUUCUGUUCGGCAAGCCGCCUCGCAUGACACGGGUCGUCGACUCGCGCAAGCUGACCCUUCCUGCCGUGGAUUCGAGCCUCACCAAGUACCUGCCCUCGCUUACCUCAAAGGUCGAGCUGGUCGGCGAGGCCGUCAACCGGGUUCUCUCCUGCCCGCUGUCGGCUCCAAGCGAUCGGACUGUUGGUGGUUUGACUGCUCGUGAUCAGAUGGUUGGCCCGUGGCAGACUCCCGUCUCUGAUGUUUCGGUCACUGCUACCUCGUUGCUGCAGGGCGUCAAAACCGGUGAGGCCAUGGCUAUGGGUGAGAAACCUACAUUGGCUCUUAUCUCUGCCGGUGCGUCUGCUCGUAUGGCCGUUGCCGAGUCUCUUAUGAACAUUGCCGCUUCCGACCUCGUGGACCGCCUCAGCCAGGUGAAACUGUCCGCCAACUGGAUGUGCGCUGGCAGUCACCCCGGUGAGGGUGCUGCUAUCUAUGAGGCCGUCGAGGCCAUUGGUCUGGAUCUCUGCCCCAAGCUUGGCAUUAGCAUUCCUGUCGGCAAGGACUCCAUGUCCAUGAAGAUGAAGUGGAAGGAUGAGGCUUCGAACGAGGCCAAGGAGGUCACUGCCCCUAUGUCGCUUGUCAUUUCAUCCUUCGCUCCUGUUGGCGACUACCGUAAGACCUGGACCCCAGCUCUCCGCCGCUUCGAGGAUGUCGGCGAGACCGUCCUUAUGUUCGUUGAUCUGGCGUUUGGCCGGAAGACUCUCGGCGGCUCUGCUCUUGCCCAGGUCUUCAAUGAGGUCGGCAGAGAGUGCCCUGAUGUUCGCGAUGUCGAUAUCUUCCGCGACUUCUUCGAUGCUACCCAGCAACUUCAGGAGUCUGGAAUUGUCCUGGCCUACCACGACCGCUCCGAUGGUGGUCUGCUGACCACCCUGGCUGAGAUGAUGUUUGCUGGCCGCUGCGGUGUUGAGAUCAUGACCGACAACAUCUGCUCCUCUUUCCACACCCAGGAUGUCGUUGAGGCUCUCUUCAACGAAGAACUUGGUGCUGUCUUCCAGGUCCGCAAGGAGCACGAAAUUCAGUUCCGCUCUUGCUUCGCCACCUGCGGUCCUCCUGCCGGCCUGAUUCACAAGAUUGGUCGCGUUUCUGAGCAGCCCAAGCAGAACCUCACCAUCUACCACAAGGCCUCUCUGGUUUACCGCGAAUCCCGGUCCAAGCUCCAGCAGACCUGGGCCAAGACUUCCUAUCACAUGCAGAAGAUGCGUGACAAUGCUGAUUGCGCUGAGCAGGAGUUCGAGAACAUCCUCGAUGACAAGAACCCUGGUCUGUCAUGGAACCCUACUUUCGACCCUAAGGACCGCGGUCUGCCCAUCAUGACCAGCCUGUCCCAGUAUUCGCCUUUCAGCAACAAGCCUCGUGUCGCCAUUCUCCGUGAGCAAGGUGUCAACAGUCAGGCCGAGAUGGCCUUUGCCUUCAACACCGCCGGAUUCUCCGCCGUUGAUGUCCACAUGACCGACAUCAUCUCAGGCCGCGUUUCCCUGGCCAGCUUCGCUGGUCUGGCCGCCUGUGGUGGUUUCUCGUACGGUGACGUCCUCGGCGCCGGUCAGGGUUGGGCAAAGUCUGUCCUGUUGCACGAGAACACCCGCAAGGAAUUCCAGUCGUUUUUCGAGCGUCCCGAUACAUUCGCUCUCGGUGUCUGCAAUGGCUGUCAAUUCCUGUCCCGCGUGAAGGAGCUCAUCCCCGGUGCCGGCAACUGGCCUAGCUUCGAACGCAACACUAGUGAGCAGUACGAGGGUCGUGUCUGUAUGGUUCGCAUUUCGGACCCCGAUCCUUCGCGCCCUGGCGUCUUCUUCCACGGUAUGGAUGGCACCUCGCUGCCCAUCGCCGUUGCCCACGGCGAGGGUCGCGCCUCUUUCGCUGGUACCUCCGGUAUGACUGCCAACGACUUCGUGCGCGAGGGUCUGGCUCCUGUUCGCUACGUCGACAAUGCCACUCUCAAGCCUACUAUGCGCUACCCCUUCAACCCCAACGGCAGUCCCGAGGGUAUUGCCGGAGUGCGCAGCCCCGAUGGUCGUGUGCUGGCCAUCAUGCCUCACCCCGAGCGUACUGUCAUGAACGGCAUUGCUAGCUACGUGUCUCCUGAUGCCGAGCAGUGGGGUGACAUUGGUCCCUGGGGACGUAUCUUCUUCAGCGCCAGACGCUGGGUCGGUUAA